AUGCCAACCCAGGACCUCCCGGAAGACAUUCUGUGUGUACAGCCAGAGACUGGCCCACCGCUCAGAGCCUGGUUCCUCUGGUCUAUACAGCCAGAAGAGCACAGGCCCACCGCUCAGACCUGGUUCGGUCUACCCAGUACAGCCAGAAGAGGACUGGCCCACCCUCAGAGCCUGGUUCCUCAAGUCAACCCAGUACAGCAAGAAGAGGACUGGCCCACCCCUCAGAGCCUGGUUCCUCAAGUCUACCUAGUACAGCCAGAAGAGGACUGGCCCACCCCUCAGAGCCUGGUUCCUCUGGUCUACCCACCAGAAGAGGACUGGCCCACCCCUCAGAGCCUGGUUCCUCUGGUCUACCCAGUACAGCCAGAAGAGCACAGGCCCACCGCUCAGAGCCUGGUUCCUCUGGUCUACCCAGUACAGCCAGAAGAGGACUGGCCCACCCUUCAGAGCCUGGUUCCUCAAGUCUACCCAGUACAGCCAGAAGAGGACUGGCCCACCCCUCAGAGCCUGGUUCCUCAAGUCUACCUAGUACAGCCAGAAGAGGACUGGCCCACCCCUCAGAGCCUGGUUCCUCUGGUCUACCCACCAGAAGAGGACUGGCCCACCCCUCAGAGCCUGGUUCCUCUGGUCUACCCAGUACAGCCAGAAGAGCACAGGCCCACCGCUCAGAGCCUGGUUCCUCUGGUCUACCCAGUACAGCCAGAAGAGGACUGGCCCACCCUCAAAGCCUGGUUCCUCAAGUCUACCCAGUACAGCAAGAAGAGGACUGGCCCACCCCUCAGAGCCUGGUUCCUCAAGUCUACCUAUACAGCCAGAAGAGGACUGGCCCACCGCUCAGAGCCUGGUUCCUCUGGUCUACCCAGUACAGCCAGAAGAGCACAGGCCCACCGCUCAGAGCCUGGUUCCUCUGGUCUACCCAGUACAGCCAGAAGGACUGGCCCACCCCUCAGAGCCUGGUUCCUCAAGUCAACCCAGUACAGCAAGAAGAGGACUGGCCCACCCCUCAGAGCCUGGUUCCUCAAGUCUACCUAUACAGCCAGAAGAGGACUGGCCCACCCCUCAGAGCCUGGUUCCUCUGGUCACCCAGUACAGCCAGAAGAGCACAGGCCCACCGCUCAGAGCCUGGUUCCUCUGGUCUACCCAGUACAGCCAGAAGAGGACUGGCCCACCCUUCAGAGCCUGGUUCCUCAAGUCUACCCAGUACAGCCAGAAGAGGACUGGCCCACCCCUCAGAGCCUGGUUCCUCAAGUCUACCUAGUACAGCCAGAAGAGGACUGGCCCACCCCUCAGAGCCUGGUUCCUCUGGUCUACCCAUACAGCCAGAAGAGCACAGGCCCACCGCUCAGAGCCUGGUUCCUCUGGUCUACCCAGUACAGCCAGAAGAGGACUGGCCCACCCUUCAGAGCCUGGUUCCUCAAGUCUACCCAGUACAGCCAGAAGAGGACUGGCCCACCCCCUCAGAGCCUGGUUCCUCAAGUCUACCUAGUACAGCCAGAAGAGGACUGGCCCACCCCUCAGAGCCUGGUUCCUCUGGUCUACCCACCAGAAGAGGACUGGCCCACCCCUCAGAGCCUGGUUCCUCUGGUCUACCCAGUACAGCCAGAAGAGCACAGGCCCACCGCUCAGAGCCUGGUUCCUCUGGUCUACCCAGUACAGCCAGAAGAGGACUGGCCCACCCCUCAAAGCCUGGUUCCUCAAGUCUACCCAGUACAGCAAGAAGAGGACUGGCCCACCCCUCAGAGCCUGGUUCCUCAAGUCUACCUAGUACAGCCAGAAGAGGACUGGCCCACCCCUCAGAGCCUGGUUCCUCUGGUCUACCCACCAGAAGAGGACUGGCCCACCGCUCAGAGCCUGGUUCCUCUGGUCUACCCAGUACAGCCAGAAGAGCACAGGCCCACCGCUCAGAGCCUGGUUCCUCUGGUCUACCCAGUACAGCCAGAAGAGGACUGGCCCACCCCUCAGAGCCUGGUUCCUCAAGUCAACCCAGUACAGCAAGAAGAGGACUGGCCCACCCCUCAGAGCCUGGUUCCUCAAGUCUACCUAGUACAGCCAGAAGAGGACUGGCCCACCCCUCAGAGCCUGGUUCCUCUGGUCUACCCAUACAGCCAGAAGAGCACAGGCCCACCGCUCAGAGCCUGGUUCCUCUGGUCUACCCAGUACAGCCAGAAGAGGACUGGCCCACCCUUCAGAGCCUGGUUCCUCAAGUCUACCCAGUACAGCCAGAAGAGGACUGGCCCACCCCUCAGAGCCUGGUUCCUCAAGUCUACCUAG